CAGGUAAGAACGUUUAAUAUUCACGCUGCUGAUGUGAGAAAUGCUUUUCUUUAUUACGGCUGCAAAAUGAAACAUUUAUUAUUGUUAAUUUAUUACGUGUUAAUAAUAAUUUAUUAACACUGUCGUGUAAAAUAUGCUUAAACUAAUAUAAUGAAUAAAUGUGUUACUAAACUGAAAGUGAAAGUUUAUAUCUUGCACCAAAAACACGAUUCUUAUCUACAUUUUCGGCAUUUAGCAGACACUUUUAUCCAAAGCGACUCACAAUUAUGACCUGAACAUGAUUUUGAGCAGUUGAGGUUAAUGGUCUUGCUCAGGGGCCCAACAGUGGCAACUUAGCAGUGGUGGGGCUUGAACCGGCAACCUUCUGAUUACUAGUCCAGUACCUUAACCACUGAGCUAUCACUGCCCCUGAAGAUAAAAUUCUGGACUAUUAAUGUGCAUCUCCUUAUAUUCAGUGAUUCAUUUAUUUAUGUAACUAUUCAUUUGUUAGUUAUGAUGCUGUAUAUCACAGUGUUAUUAGAAAGAAACCAUGUAAACAGGAAACACUGAUCUAAAAGCACUGAUCUAAUGUAAAAGAAUAUUGCUGAACUGUGAUAAUAACAUGAAUUACAGCCCUAAGUGGAGAAAAAGACAUAUUUUGUUUAUACUGACGCCAUUUCUACCCAACAGUUACAUUCAUGUAAUAAACAAUGAACAAAAUUAUUAUUUUUUGUGGCAGAGUGGCGCAAAGGGUAGUGCUGUUGCGUCACAGCAAGAAAGUCCUGGGUUCGAUUUCUUAGCAGGCUGGGUGAGCAGGGGUCAGUGUGGGUUUCCAUCAGGUUCUCCGGGUUUUCUCUCACACACGCAAAAACAACUGGAGCUGCAAAAUUUACUCGUGUGUGUGUGUGUGUGUUCUGUGAUGGACUGGCGACCUGUCCAGGGUGUUUCCUGCCAUUUGCCCAGUGAAUUAGUAUUUUGCAUAGAAAAUAGGACAAUCUGAUUUUUUUGCUGUUCUCACUCUUUAACGGUUCUAACAGGCACAUCAGUUAUACAUCAAUAACAUCAAAUAAAUAAAAUAUUCUCAUAUUUAUAGCAACAGUAUGGUGAAGGGCCUUUCCUUUAUUUCUGUGCACAAACAGCCAUUUUCAAACAGUGUUUUAGUUUGUAAACCUAAUCACUCUUUUUUGUCUUCAACAUGCCGUGCCAACAUCUGAGGGCGUGUCAGGCUGUAGAGGAACAAGAACGUUCUCUUAUCACAAAUAGUUGAUCCAUACUACCUGUACAUCUGUAACAGCUGCACAAAUCCUCACAGGUGAAGAUGGCGUCCCCCGCCGAACGGUUCCUGAAGGUCCACAGGAGUGAAAUCGUGGGCCGAGUGAAGAGCGUAAACGGUCUGGCUGAUUGUCUGCUUGAGAAGGAAGUGAUUUCUAAGGAAGCAUUGAAUGAGAUCAGUAGCCAGAAACCAGAAGAGGAGCAGAUGAGGACAGUUUAUAAGCAUCUGAACAGCAGUAAGGCCUAUGAAUUAACAUUAGAAUGGCUGAAGAGACACGAGUCUCAUGUGAUGGAAGAUCUGGCAGAAAAGACAGAGACUCCGGAACCGAGCCACUCGAGAGAAAAAAGACAGAGAAUCCAGAACCAUGAAGCCAUGGAUGAAACAGAUUGUGAUCUCCAAACAUCACCAGAUCUCAAGACCUUAUCCACCAUGGCCAAACUGGACGACUGGGUCUCUGAUCCUAAAAUCAGUGAAAAACUGGUUAAUGACCUGAAGGAGAAGCUUGCUCAGGGUGAAAUGGAGGGUUUGGAGGAUUAUCUGAAGGACAUAAAGCUGAAAAAGAGUCUGUGUCUCACUGCUAAAGAGAUCAACGAGAUCAGACAGAGAAAAGAUCUUCGUUCAUUUCUUACAGACGUUAAAGGAGCCAAAUUUCCUAAAAAUACACUUGACCACUUUUUUGAGAAGGUCAGAAGUAAGGCCUCAACAGCCAAGAAAAAGCCUGAACAGUACAGUAAUUACGACGACUCCAUAAACCAUAAUGCAGAUGAUUUGAACAGCAGUGGAUACGGAUCUUCAUGCAGCUCAAGUUUUAAUAGCAGAGUGUUUCCUCACACUGUGUUCCCAAAUGAGGACGUGUUCAUAUGUGAAGGUGUCACUGAUGUCAGUCACACACACAACAUGGAGGUCACGGAUUACGAGUCCAAAAGCGCAGACCUAGACUUCAAAGCGGACGUUCCACACCCAACAGAAAACGCAGAUCAGAUUCAGCAAGCUGUCAGAAGCAGUGGAGGAACCAGGGAAUUAAAAGAAAAGCAGGAAAUGGACGACACUGACUGUCCUCCUCAAACAUCCUCUCAAAACCUUUUUUAAUGUUCCUCUGUUUGCCAAAAAGAGCAAGUUGUCCAGCUACAGUCCAAGCUACAGGACAAAGUCGAUACCUCAUUUGAAGAAAGAGCGGUGGUCUGGUUGUGGAAGGUUUGGAGCCAGAAGAUAAGCAGCAGAGCAGUUACAAUCAUGGAGAUGAUUUUGAUGAGCC